AUGUUUAUUUAUAUUUUAAUAUUAUUUUACUAUUUUUGGAUAUCUUCUGUUUUAUCAUUCCAAAUUAAUUAUUUUAACAAAUUAUCUCCUUCAGAAGAAGAGAAUAAUAAGAACAUUCUUUGGGAAGACAACUAUUUAUUUGAUUUGGCUGAUACAAAUUCUGAUGGAUUUAUUUCAUUCUCAGAGUAUUCUUCUGCUUGGGGAGCUAGAAAUCAUUUGGAUAGAGAGCAGAUAUAUAGAGUUACUCGUUUGCCUUAUUUAUAUGAACAUUUUAAACAAAUGGAUAUUGAUAAGGAUGGACUUUUAAAUUUUAAUGAAUUUAUUUAUGAUAUAAAUAAUUCUCGUAUAAGCAGGAAACAAUUGGGAAAAUUAUUCUUUCAAGCAAUGGAUGAAAAUAGUGACGAAACAAUAACAUUUGACGAAUUUCUUAAUUUUGUUUCAAAUAUUUAUGGAUAUAAUUACAAACAAAAAAUUACAUUAUCAAAUAAUAUUGAAAUGAAUUCAAUUUUCUUUAGCAGAGAUUUUAAUAAAGAUAGAGUUCUUAAUUUGGAUGAAUUUCUUGGAAUUAUAGAUAAAGACCAUUAUAAAAUUAAUAAAGGUACAGGUGUGGAUAAUUUAAAUAAUUAA